CCCUCUUCUUCAGCCCAUCCUCUCGCGACCGCGGUCCUCCAGGCGCGCUGUGAAGUCUACGACGAGGCCAUCUCUGAACCUUGCGAGCUGGCGCUUUCGGACAGCGGCGAAUGCCUCGCAGUGGUCGCGCAAGGAGGGUAUAAGAAUCGCGACCCUGUGCUGCAGUACUGGCUCCCCAAGGCAGACGAAAAGCGAACAGAAUGGCUUCACGCCGACACUCAUCGAGCCGGGCUGGACAUCGUGCUCGACGAUGCGCGCAAGCUGAUGUUCAUCGCGGACAGCGACCGUAUCAAGUCCUUCACGUGGGCGGAUAAAUCGGACCGUCCGGUGCACACGCUGAACUGCAUGAAGACGCAUCGGGGACCACUCGUACUCUUGCCUGGCGGCCGUCUACUUCGCGCCGGCCGGGGGUCCGCGCUGAGUUGGACGCUCGACGCGCUCCAGACGCACGGACGCGGCCCUAAAUUCGCGCGGAUGGCGCAGGCAAGAUUCGGCUGCGUCGCCUCGACCUCGAACACGGCGGUGCCGGCGGCGCGUUACCUUGGCCAUGCCGGAGUGAUCACCGACUUCUCCACUAGUGAGGGUGACGCCAACAUGUUCUUGACGGCUGCGGGAGAUGGCUACGCAAGGCUUUAUGACCGCCGCAAGCCGCUGCCCGCCCUGACGUUUGACGUCGAGAAGUUCAUGUUCUCCGGCGGCAACAAAACGGAGGGCAUCAAGUGCUGGGAUGUCCGCGCCAAGAAAUGCGUGUACGAGCUCAGCACGGGGAACACCACCGUUACGGGUAUCGCCUGGUCACCCACGCAGUCAACGCUCUACGCCGCUACAUCGUCCGCGUAUCUCGACUGGAUCGGAUGCUUCUCGGACUACCGCGACUUCCACAUGCCUCAGGGCACGGACAUCAUGCCGUCGAAGAGCAUUCGGACCGUGUAUUGGCCUGACCGCGCGAUUCAUGUUGAGAAUGCUUUUGGGUAUGCGUAUGACGCGGGGACCCAUGCUUUGCUGAGGUACGCGUUCAAGGAGAAGCCCGAACUUGACGUGCUGCCAGAAUACGGCGAUGGCAGACCGACAGACGAGGAUGACUUUUUCUUCUGACGUGCUGAUAUCUACCUUUCUCGAAUGUAUCAUCUGUCUGUGCUCGAUCUUCGCGUCUUCGCGCAUUGUAAGUCGUCAGCUGUAUUGCUAUCGCCGUACUGAUAGCCCAGUGCUUGUAUCUUGAUAUUAUUGUACCUCGUCUUUCCCUGUACCAUAGAAAACACAGUGUAGAAUGAAUGGCAUGGGAGCUGCUGUGGGGCACCCUCACUCCAAUGUAAUAUGACACAUAGGUUUCCCC